AGACCAAUAGCUGUGGUUUUCCACAUCAGCAAGUUGAGGAUGUUAGCCAACACAGGAAGUCACAUUUCUUUUGACAAACCUUAAGGGUAACAACAGUGAACCUCAAGUGUACUUUUUCACAUUGAACAUAUUUGCACACAGGAUGGCUGGAAUCGUCCACAUCGUGGUGAGGCUGCUGCUGCUGUUUUCUUAUGUUACAGGAGUAAAUGGAAAAGAUGGUCUGAUAGUUGCUGAACAGGGUUAUAAUAUUAUAUUUCCAUGCGAAGAAGAUUUAGUCUGCUUUCAUAUAUGGCAGCUCAACACAAGCAAAACAAGUGAUUACAUUGCCAUAGUCAGAAAUGGACAGAUCCAGACAGCUAAGUCAGAGGACAGGGAUUCAAAAUGCACUCAGCAAAUCAAAGCUCUCACAGUGGAGGAUGUUGGACGACAUCACUGCCAACAGAAGCCAGAUGUCAUCUCUCCUCACAAUACUACCUCAACUCCCCCAGAGUUAAACCUCAUGCCUGGAAAAACUGUGUCACUGCAGUGUAUUCUCCUCACCUACGUAAAGCAGGGACACUGUGACACACAGCUACCACAGGUCAGCCUGACGUGGGUGGAUGAAUCUGGCACUGAGAUACAAGAGGACUCACAGCAUCAUAUAAAAUACAAGUCUUCCUGUGAUAUAACUCUGACUGUCAACCUUCAAAGUCCUAAAAACAAGAAGUUUAGGUGCCAGGCGACUGUGGAUGAACAAGUCCAGACUUCAGUGGAGAUGCAUGUCAGAGACCCAGCUCUUAAAGGGAAGGGAAGAGGACUCAUCAUAGAACUAGAACCUGAAAAGCAAGCGGGAAACCAGAGCAUGAUCAGCGCUGUUGUGGGAGUGGUGGGAUGUGUGGUUUUGACAGCGCUGGUUGCAGUGUUUCUUGUGAACAGAAGAAGAACAAGCAAUCAGCUGCCUGAUGAGUCUUGUGACAUGACCAAUACCAACAAUGUUAUGAAUGAAGAUGAUGUGAUCUACGCUGACAUUAUUCUACCCGUUCUACCCGGCUCUGACAGCAUGCGGGUCCAUGAGUGCGAGUCCACUGAAUACGCCUGUGUCCGAUACAACUAGUCUGCUGUCCAAGAUAUAAACUGCAGUGUAUAUUUUCUUUGUUUGCAAGAGUGCUACUGCCAUGUAUUAUAAUAUUGUGAUUUGCUCCGCUCAAAAUCCUUAUACUGUAACUGUAGUUGGCACUGAGUCAUUGAGAACCUAACAGGUAUUUUUGCAUUUUAACUUUAGAAAAAUGUUACAUCAUUCUGGAUAGUCUACCUCUAUACAUUUUACUUAGAUGUGACUGCAUUUCCCUAAAAUCUUAUCAGAUGUAGAAUUAUACAGAGGAUUUAUAUACCGAAAUCAGCAUUAAUUUUCAUUUAUGGUGUUUCUUACUGUUUUCUUUGCAAAGCUUGGAAAACUCAACCAGCCACAUAGUAUUUUCAAUUGUUUGGUGACAUGGUAUUGUUGUAUGUGAUGGUGGAUUAGCAUCCAGUGCAAAAAUUUCAGGUGGCCAAGCUGCACAGCCAAAUGCAGCAGUUCAUUUUUGGACACAAACCUGCUGUUUUUCCUGUGUAAAUAUGCUGAAUUAAAUUUUGUUUGGAUGGAGCUGA